AUGGAUAAUCUCAUUUUCUCUCCCUCUUUGACUUCUUUUAUGUUCACUUCUACGCAGCAAACUCCGGCCAUGGUUUCCUCUUCUCCCGUGGAUCAACUUCAGCGGAAACUCCGGUUAGUCGUGGAAACAUCACCGGACCAAUGGGCUUACGUCAUUUUCUGGCAAAAUAUGACUGAUGAUCAGUCAGACCGGUCUUACUUGGUUUGGGUUGAUGGCCAUUUCAGUGGAAACAAGAACAACAAAUCCGAAGAAAACCAUACAAAAAACAGCAUAGAGUGUGAGCUGAUGAUGGACGGUGGAGAUUUGGAGUGGUUUUACGCCACAUCGUUUCAAAGCGGAGAUAAAUCGCCAAUAAUUGAAUUUUCCGGCAAAUCUUUGGUUUGGUUAACCGGUCCCGAGGAGCUCCGGUUUAGCAACUGCGAGAGGGCUAAAGAAGCCGGUUUUCACGGGGUCCAUACAUUUGUCUCCAUACCCAUACAAAACGGCAUUAUCGAACUUGGUUCGUCUCACACGAUUAGACAAAACUCGGACUUUAUCCGCCGGGUCAAGUCGAUAUUCGGGUCAGAUAAAUCCCCGGAACACGUUAACCAAUCCGGUUCUGAUCCUAAACCGGUGACAUCAGAUCAUUCAGAAGUCGGAAAUCAACAGUCGGAAAGAAAACGGAGAAAGAGAACCGAGAAUACGGUUUCGCCGGUUUUGACACACGUGGAGGCGGAGAGGCAGCGGAGAGAAAAGCUAAACCACCGGUUUUACGCAUUACGAGCCGCCGUACCAAACGUUUCAAGAAUGGACAAAGCGUCGCUCUUAUCCGACGCCGUUUCGUACAUAGAAAUCCUCAAAUCCAAGAUCGAAGUUCUUGAAACGCAAGUCAAGAGAUCCAAAACGACGACGGAUAACGAUACGUCUCCGUCUUCCGUUGAGCAAGUGAAGCAGAAACCUUUGGAGUCAAACAAAGUCUCUGACUUCGAAGUGCAAGUGAAGAUUGUCGGUGAAGAAGCCAUGAUAAGGGUUGAGUCGGAAAAUGUGAAUCAUCCAACGUUGGCAUUGAUGAGUGCGUUAAUGGAAAUGGAUUGUCGUGUACAACACGCGAAUGCGUCGCGGUUGAGUCAGAUUAUGGUUCAAGAUGCUGUUGUUUUGGUUCCUGACGGAUUAAGAUCGGAAGAUAGGCUUAAGACCACACUUGUUCGAAAGCUAAGAUCAUUAGACUGGGUAGUCAAGUUUUAA